AUGCCUAUUACACUCACCUUCCCUGGUAUCCCCCCACAUGGAUGGAAUGGCAAGCCCGGCGCCGCCAACGGACUCGAGUUCUUUGGACAAACCAACUUCGGUGACACUGUUGAAACGACCGAAAUAAUCAAUAGCACAUUUGACAAUGUCGACUUCGAGGCGCGCCGCCUAAUCGGAUGGAAACAUGGGUUCCUUGAAGCCCUGUAUAACGCCUACUGCAACCACCACCAACUCACCAUCCGUCCCGAAGACAUCUGGUUCUCCAUCCUCAGCCAACUGAACCUGUACGUGAACGCCCAUCCCCAGGAAUCCCGGCACCUCUUUGUCCGCCCGAGUCAACGCAUGCCCCCAAUCCAUCCCGAGUCAACUGUCAGUGCCUUGGCGAAUUAUAUGGAAGCCGCGCUGGCGCACCAUGUGAACGAUCCAGAAGUCAGGGCUUGGGCACUCCCGUCGUUCAGCACCACAACUGAGGAUGACGCAGUGACAGCGUCUACACUGGUGAUGGGCGCUAUCACACAAUGCUUCCAGUUUCCGUGCCCCUACAUAUGGCCACGUGGAAUUCAAUCGCUGACGCUGUUGGGCGAGCGGACGGACUGGGAAGCGUUACUGACGAGACUGGAGAUGAUUGAAACCUGGGGCGAGCAACCAAGGAGAUUUGCUACCAACCUUCGUCCGGUACUGCGUCGAUUUGUCACAUCGUUUGAUGGCAAUCUGCGGAAAUGUCAUUAUUUCUGGAAUUGGUGCUUUCGUGAGAAGCGCGAGGCCGGAAUGACGAUGAUUGUCGCUGGCUGGGCCACGGCAUUCUGCUUCUGGGAUGUAGAUGGUGAAUGUAUUCCGCCUGUGAUUAAUCCGGAGGAAAGGGUGGUGGAAUUUGAUGGAGUGUCAUAUCCUCCGCUUCAAAUGUCGACUUUUCCAGGGUCAUAUGCGACCUUCAAGACGUUUUGUAUUGAUGAGGAGGGAAUCAGGCGUCGGGUGAGGUUUGUGGCUGGGCUGGUGGGGUUUGAAGUCUUGUACCAUCCCGAUGGGUUUGAUGGAGGGUGGACUGAGUUGCAGCCGGUGUCAGGAUGGUGGGUGAUUUGA